AUUAAAUACCACCUUUGCUUCCUUACACAGACAACACACCACAAGUUCCAAACAAUGGCUGGGAAACUAUCUACUGCUUAUGUUUCCCUCCUCCUUAUUUUCCUUUCAGCUGGGACUCUCACAUUGGUUCAUGCACAGAAAACUUGGUGUGUGGCGAAACCCUCAUCAAGCCAGGCGAUUCUUUUAGAAAACAUUAACUUCGCAUGCUCACAAGUGGAUUGCAGUCGCCUUCAAAAAGGCGGUGCUUGCUAUUCUCCAGAUAAUGCAAUCAACCAUGCCUCCGUUGCCAUGAACUUGUAUUUCCAGUCAAAAGGAAGAAACACUUGGAACUGCGAUUUCAAAAACUCCGGUCUCCUCACGCUCAGUGACCCGAGCUUCGGAGGCUGCCAGUACGCGUAGAUGAUCGGCAUGGAAGAAGUUAUAGAAGUUUUUAUUUGCUUCUAUAAAUAGAUGUACUCACAAAUUGAAUAGGGAUAACUUAAAAUCGAUUUUUUUCUAAGGUUCAUGAAGAGUUUUAGCUUAUGGUUCUUUGUUGUUUGCACUGAUCAAAUCCAAUGCUUCGAAUUUGUUUGGGUUUUCUUUUCUAAUCAGUACAUUUCCCAUGUGUACAUCCAAAAUCAGAGGUAUAAUAGGACAAAUUUCUGGUG